CUGACACAAUGCUGCAGUUGGUCGUUGCUUUCCUCUUGGCCUCUGGAGCCUAUGGGUGUGGGGUUCCCACCUACUCCCCUCACAGCCGAGUGGUUAAUGGAGAAGACGUAACGCCGCACAGUUGGCCCUGGCAGAUCUCCCUGCAGUAUUUCAAUGGACAAGUCUUUGCCCACACAUGUGGGGGGUCCCUCAUCGCCCCAAACUGGGUCAUGACCGCAGCGCAUUGCAUAUCUUCUUCUCGGACUUACCAGGUUGUUCUGGGGGAACACGACCGCAGCAUGAAUGAAGGGGGUGAGCAGAUCAUUCCUGUGGCAAAUGAAGACAUCUUUGUUCAUGAGAAGUGGAUCAGCAUUUGCGCUGCCUGUGGGAAUGACAUUGCUCUCAUCAAGUUGUCUCGUCCUGCCCUCCUUAAUGAUCAGGUGGAACUGGUCUGCCUGCCACCAGCUGGGCAAAUCCUCUCCAACAAUUACCCCUGUUACAUCACUGGUUGGGGGCGUCUCACCACUGGAGGGAACCUGCCUGAUGUUCUUCAACAAGCUCUGAUGCCAGUCGUGGACCACAAGACCUGCACCCAGAGAGACUGGUGGGGCCCGAGCAUCAAGACCACCAUGGUGUGCGCUGGAGGAGAUAUCCGUGCCGGCUGCAAUGGUGAUUCUGGUGGCCCCUUGAACUGCCAGGCACCUGAUGGCACUUGGCAUGUCCAUGGCAUUGCCAGCUUUGUCUCAGGCUUGGGUUGCAAUGCUCUGAAGAAACCAACAGUCUUUACCCGCGUUUCAGCCUUCAACGACUGGAUUGGCAAUAUUAUCAACAACAACUAAGCAGAUGGAUGGAAGAGGACAAGGUUGGAGAGGAAGGACAAGGAGCUUCAGAUCAUAUGACCCUACUCUAUGUCCCCAUGAAAGGAGGUGAAACCGUCAUGGUGGAACUUUCCCAGUAGAACCUUCUCUGUUCCGACAGAAAUAAAGUUACAUACAUUCAGCAA